AUGUUUGUCCAGGUAUGCCUGUACUUCUACUGCAAGUGUUUGUGGCGCUGCCUGAAAUUUGUGGUCAGGAAGCUAACAGGUCGGUGUGAAUUGCAAAGGAUCUGUUACAAUACCAAACCUGGAGCUGCCAGAACUAUGAAAAUAGAGGCAUCAUUGAAAGGUUCAAAAAGUAAGCGGCUGCAGACUUCAGUAAGUGUCCACCCUGAUGCUAUUGAGAAAACUAUAGAUGACAUCAUGGAGCUGAAAAGGAUUAAUCCAGAUAUAAAUCCACAGUUGGGAGUAUCUCUUCAGGCAUGCCUGCUGCAGAUUGUGGGGUACAGAAACCUGGUUGCAGAGGUUGAGAAGCUGCGCAGAGAGCCCUAUGAUUCAGAGAAUCCACAGCAUGAAGAAAUGCUUCUCAAGCUGUGGAAAUGCUUGAAGCCCAGUUCUCCACUGAAAGCUCGGAUUUCGAAGCAGUGGUGUGAAAUUGGUUUCCAAGGUGACGAUCCUAAAACUGACUUUAGAGGGAUGGGUCUCCUGGGCUUAUAUAACUUGGUGUAUUUUGCUGAAUGGGACACUGAGGUGGCUCAACAAGUUCUCUGUGAUUCUCUUCAGCCUAAAUACAGGGAAGUCACUAAGAAGGAACUAAGCCACUUCAGCAAAGCCGAGUGGGAGAAGAAGAGGUUUGAUAAGGCAAUUGGCUAUUCUUUUGCUAUUGUGGGCAUUAAUAUAACAGAUCUUGCAUACAACCUGCUUGUGAGUGGAGCUCUGAAGACCCAUUUCUACAAUGUUGCUCCAGAAGCACCAACACUAACUCACUUUCAGCAGACAUUCUGCUACUUAAUGCAUGAAUUCCACAAAUUCUGGGUUGAAGAGGAUCCCAUGGACAUAAUGGAGUUCAAUCGUGUCAGAGAGAAAUUUCACAAGCAAAUCUUGAAACAGCUCCAGAACCCAGAGAUGGCUUUGUGUCCUCAUUUUGCUGCAUCAGAAAGUUUAAUUAAUAUAUAGUUACUCACUGAAUUUUAUUUGGAAACACUGUCUCACUCUUAUGUUAGAU